GUAUUGGUUUGGGUUUUGUCAUUGUACUGAUCCUGCAGCCUCAGAUAAAGAGGGGGCUGCUGUUAUUUAGGAAAAGGGAAAUCCUUUUAAUCCUCUAUAGGCUUCUCAUCCACUUGCCACUAAGGGAACAGGGAAGCUGCAGAUAUUUUAUAUGGAGAAGGAAAACAGACCCUUUGCAUCAAGGACAGAAUGACAGAAAGGAGGGUCACAUAGGCCUAAGAAAAAUCCCAUAAGGAAGGAAAUCCUAAAAGUAGAAUCCCAUUUUCCGCAGAAGGUCUCAGCUGCGCCGCUUUCUGAUGAAAUUGCCGGACUGCAAAAUUACCAUAAUUACAGGUCCCAAGGGGUAGGCGUACGACUCAUUUCCAUGCAUUCCCAGUAUCUUCCCAUAUUCCUAUUCUGCAAGAUCCCACAGGAAUGCUCUAAGGAAAGAAGGCAUUGGUAAUUGUGGUAAGGGAGAACCGGACAGAGGAGAGGGAGAACGAAAGGGACCCUCACCGACAUCUAAUGCUGAUUCUAUAGAAAAGAGACUUGCCAAGUCUUUAGUGGAUGAUUCCUUUUCUAAAGGACAAAAUCUUGUUUUGAAUGAAGAUAUAAGGCCUGGUAUUCUAGUCCUGGCUUUGUACUCGCUGGUCCAGGAGACCAUCCCAGAUCGAGCUCCCAGAAUCCUACUAUCUGGAUCCUACAUUGUAGAGAGAGCAUUAAAAUGCAAUUUCUGGACAUACUGGUUUGGCAGUGCAGUCACAGUUGGACAAGCUGAAGACUGUGUUUGCCUGAACUUAAUCUCUCAACGAUACAGAAGUACGGUUCAUUUUAUGCCAUUUACUGGGGAUGCGACAAGAAGGACCUGUGGAUAAAGUCUUGACCUCUACAGCCUUUUCUGUAUUACCAGAAAAACCUUGUAUUUAUUGACAACAGUACGUGCUGGUUGUUGUCCCUUUAAAGCCAUCGUGGUACCCGAUUACUGCCAUUAUUACUUUUAGCCCCACCAAAAAAAAUUUUGUGACUUAUGUCUUAAAGUGUGUGCCGUUGUGAACAUUACUUUUGGAAAUAUUCCAUUUUGGGGAUUUUUUUUUAUAUUUGGUCUUUUUCUUAAUAAUACCAACGCUGCAAGGAAGGGAAAUAUCAAAGAAAGAGGAGAAAGGAGGGAAAGUUACAGAGCCUUCCUUUCUGGUGCAAUGGCCAAGCCUGGUUCAUCGAGUACCUACUUGGAGCUAAUUUUCUAGUCCAUCCCAGACUGCUGCCAUCACCCUCUGUUGCCUGUUACUGAACAGUAAAGGUUUGCUGCCAUCAAGCUCACAGAAAUGGAAACCAAGCUUCCUGUCACCCCAACUAGUCCUUCCUCCCCAGGACUGUCCCCUGUUCUGGCUGCAGAUAAGGUGGACGGUUUCUCUCGGCGCUCCCUCCGCCGAUCCCGCCAACGUCGCUCACAUAGUUCUUCUCAGUUCCGCUACCAGAGCAAGCAGCAGGAGCUGACGCCUUUGCCCCCUCUCAAAGAUGCACCGGUUUCUGAGCUUCAUGACUUGUUCUGCAAGAAACUGCAACAAUGCUCUGUUAUCUUCCAGUUUAUGGACUGUGUGGCUGAUCUCAAAGGCAAAGAGAUCAAAAGGGCAGCUCUGAAUGAGUUGGUGGAGUGCGUUGCAACAAACAGGGGAGUUCUAAUAGAGCCGGUGUAUCCUGAGGUCAUUAAGAUGAUCUCAGUGAAUAUAUUUCGGACGUUGCCUCCUACUGAUAACCCAGAGUUUGACCCUGAAGAAGAUGAGCCAAAUUUUGAGCCCUCUUGGCCUCAUUUACAGUUGGUGUAUGAAUUCUUUCUUCGGUUCCUGGAGAGUCAAGACUUUCAGCCAUCUUUGGCCAAGAGAUAUGUGGACCAGAAGUUUGUCCUCAUGCUCCUAGAGCUGUUUGACAGUGAAGACCCAAGAGAGAGGGAAUAUCUGAAAACCAUCCUACAUCGAGUAUAUGGAAAAUUUCUUGGUCUUCGAGCAUAUAUCAGGAAACAGUGCAACAACAUCUUCCUCAGAUUCAUCUAUGAGACAGAGCGGUUCAACGGGGUUGCUGAACUACUGGAAAUUCUAGGCAGUAUAAUCAAUGGGUUCGCUUUACCUCUGAAGUCUGAGCACAAACAGUUUCUCGUCCGGGUUUUGAUACCCUUGCACUCUGCAAAAUCUCUCUCUAUAUUUCAUGCUCAGCUCGCCUAUUGUGCAGUGCAGUUCCUGGAAAAAGAUUCUUCAUUAACAGAACAUGUUAUCCGAGGUUUGUUAAAAUACUGGCCAAAAACCUGCACUCAGAAAGAGGUGAUGUUCCUGGGAGAACUGGAGGAGAUCCUAGAUGUCAUUGAACCUUCUCAGUUUGUGAAGAUCCAGGAACCUCUCUUUAAGCAGAUUGCCCACUGCGUCUCCAGCCCACACUUCCAGGUUGCAGAGAGAGCCCUUUAUUUUUGGAAUAAUGAAUACAUCCUUAGCCUCAUAGAAGAGAAUUGUCACACCAUACUUCCCUUGAUAUUCGGUACCCUCUACCAGGUCUCCAAAGAGCACUGGAACCAGACAAUUGUCUCCCUGAUUUAUAAUGUUCUGAAGACUUUUAUGGAGAUGAAUGGAAAACUGUUUGAUGAUCUUACAACAUCUUAUAAGCUAGACAGACAGCAGGAGUUGAAGCGUGAAAAGGAGCGCCAAGAGCUUUGGAGAAAAUUGGAUGAACUCCGUCUCAAGAAAAUGAAUGGUAUCGAGGAGGCACAGAUGAACCAGCUCAAUUUACAGCACAGCCGGGGCAGUAAAAGUUAGGAAAUCUCCCACCACUUUCCACCAAUCCAAACCAACAGAAGAUCAAUCCAGCCACUUCACAACCCCCUCCUCCCCAUUAGGUUCACAACCACUGUUAGCAUCCCACAAUAUUUCCCACAAAAAAGAGGAGAACCAAAGUCUCUUUAUGCUUCUAUUGUGAUCAUGUGGCCAGCAUCAACGCUUGUGGAGACAAAAACUUAUUGGAAGGUCCCUUUGGCUUUUUACAGUUAUCUUUUCCUGUUACUGAAAGGUGUAGAAGAUGCAUAGUAGUGUGCUACAAAUCACACCACAUGGCAUUCUCUCACGAAAAGCAAAUUCUUUUGGUAAACGCCACUGAGCAUCUAGCAAGCAGAGGAUUCAGUUUAUCAUUUCCACUACAAAAGCAAAGGUUCCAGGGAAAAGCCACUGAGAACACUUUAAUUUCCUUCCCAGUGGCAAUGGGGACUUCUGGGAAGUUCCCUGCAGGUCCCCUUUGUUUUAGAAAGGAAAGGCUUCUGGGAAAGCCAUCAUGUCUCCUGGGUCACGUGAAAGCAACGGCUUCUGGGAAUGCAUCUUCAACAAUCAGCACUGGUCACUUCCUGAGAGGCUUCUGGAAAGGCCCGUGUCUCCUGUCUAUUUCUUUCUGUACGUGGGAACAGAGGCUUCUGGGAAAGCCUCUCAACCAAUCAUUUUUAUCCCGUCAACAAGAGCAGAAGCUUCUGAGAAGCCCACUGUAUCAUUGUCUACACCAAUAAAUAAGCUUACACAUCUCUAUUAUUAAGACAGGAAACAGUCAACUUAUUCCUUAAAAAAAGAUUCAGGGACACAAACUUCAGCAAAUCUUACUCUGGAGAUCUAUCACCAUGCUGGAUUCAUGGGAGGAAAGGCUUCUGGGUAGCCGGACCUAUCCGUCCCCCACAUCCAUAGGCUGGUAUUUCCAGCCAGUGGUCACAGAUAUCUUUUAAUAUAAAAGCAGAGGAUUUAGGCAAAUGUGUCACCGUACUACAUCUUUUGCAAGAAGGCGUUCUCUUUGCUUUUUAGUAAUAGAGUGUUUUGUGAGGUCAUGGCAGCAGUCAACAUGCCUUAAUGUCGCAUCAAGAUGUCUACACCACUUAUCCAUGUUUCACAUAUUUUGAUGCUUGUUUCACGUGUUAGUGUACAUCAUGUCAGAGCAGGGCACCCAAGGGCCUGAGACUUCUAAAUGGCUUUUUGCACCUACAUUUAGAUAAUACUGGAUUAAAAAUAAACAUUACGACCAAUCAAUAACUUUCAAUGUCAUGGUGCAUGGAAAAAAUAUAACCACUGUGGAAGUUAGAGGGAAUAAUAAUCAUGGUUAAAUACCCUUCAUAUGACUAUAUCCAAAACAGUGUGCUUGGUAAGGUUUCAGCUGUUACAACUUUUCAGGCUUCAGAUUUCCAGGAAGAUCAUUUCUAUUGGUUGCAAUUCUUACAUUUAAUUUUUCCAGCUGCAAGUGGUUCUGGGAAGAUCCUUCCAACAACCCUCUUCUCAGAUGAUCUUUGGGGCCAAUAGCAAGAUCACAUCAUCCUGGGGAAAAAGUACACAGAAUUCCACUCUGAAUUGGAAAAGCUUCUGGGAAGCAUUGUGAUGCCACAUUCUACCACGGAAGGAGAAAUGUGGAUGACAAAAUGCUUAUUAAAGCAUCCAUCUUGGGACUGAGAUGAUCUGGGCCAAAUUAUAUAGUCUGCUUCUGUAUCCAGGACUAAAGCUUUGUGAACAACUUCCUUUAACUUUAGUUGCUAAUAUUUGUGUAAAUUGAGCAUCACCAAGAUUAAGUAUUUUGGGUAUAUACAAAGACUCUGGGACGGUGCCCACUAUCAAUAUGGCAAGAACAUCAGGGAAGCAGCGUGCUGCUUACAGUGCAAGACAAGAACACUGUGGCAAGUUGGGAAGGGGAGGGGUUGGGGUACAGAACUAAUAUUUACGUUUACCAACCCAGUAAGCCAUUUAGCUGCUACCUGUUACCUAGAAUCUUAAUUAUUGUUGCAAUAAGGGGUUCUUCAGUAGUAUAGCAUCUUGGAACUGAGUUGAAAGUAGGUUGACCGCUAGGGCUUUCAUAGAAAUGGUUUGAAUAAAUCGGAAGUUUGAGAAAUCCACAUCUCAAGCCUAAACUAUUAGCAAUCUUUAUUGUACGAAGGCCAUAAGACGAUCUGCUUAGAUGUUUAACAGAUAACCAACUAUGGUUUGUGCAGGUGGGGAAAAGCUUGAAGCUUUCAUCUCCACGGUGGCAUUUUAAUAUUUUAGCCACCUACAGUUACAGGUCAGUUAGGUUAGGUUCGAGCAUUAUUUCAGAGCAAACAGGAUUCAUGCUAUGAAUAGCAAAGACAAAGUUCCAAGAUUGAAAAUCCCAUGAUAGUUGGCUAGCACUUUUAGAAAAAGGAUUCUACUGAAGCAUACUUCUAACACAUUUCUGACAUUCCAUUGUGACUUAAAUAAGGUUAUACGACACCGUGCUUGACCCGGUAGAUACUUUGAACAAUGUGGAAGGGUGCUGAAAUCUCACACCUUGCAAAAUAUGUUAGGGCUAAUUAUAUAUCGACUGUCUAGCAACUGCCUGCCCCUUAUACCGUGUAGGAGGAGCUCUCCAUUUCCUCCUCUUGCUCCCUUUUUGACUAGUUCAUUUCAUUUUGGUCAGGGAAAUCUCUGUCUCUGACCCCUUUCUCCAGAUAUCUGUGUAAGGGAAAUCAUCAUUCCAAGCGUCAGCUAUAACCCUUUCUCUCAGAAUAUAUAAUGUGCAGCUUUUCUUUUUAAUGUUAUUUUUUUUAAAAGAUUAUUUAUGGUAUUAUUUAUUUCAUAUUUAAAAUGGUCAACGUUUGAUCUGUUGAGUUCACUGAGGGGGAGGGGAGGGGUGAAGACAAUAUUUAACUUAUUCACUGUCAAAUUAAAUGCUGGGUCUUAAAGCAA